AUGAGGAAUGAAGUUUUUGGAGACUGCCCCAUGCAGCUCCUCAUUCGUCUCUGUUUGCUAGUGGGUGGGAUCAUUGGAGCCUUAAAGGGGUCUCUCCUGCUGUACGAAUCCACCAGGAUGAGGCGGCUUCUGUCCCAGGCCAUGGUGAUCGACAAUGACAACUAUGAUGAAUAUCCCUCGAGGCCGAAUGUGCACAAGUGUUAUAGACACCUAAGCCUCAGCCUCUUCCUCCUCUGUUUCCUUCUGGGAAACCACUGGCUCUUUUCCGUUUACCUGCCUGAUUUUAUUCCCCCUUUCCAGCAGCCUCAGGAUUACUGUGACAAAACCCUGUACCUCUUUGCAGUAGGGGUCCUCGUGCUCAGCCACGCCGUGCUGGGCCUACUGGUCCUGUGCAGCGGUUGUCUACGUGUGGUCCAGGUGAAGAUUUGUUGUCCAUGA